AUGAAAGCAAGUGCACUCGCGAUAUUUAUAGCUAUUGCAUUUAUGCAUCUAGUAUCUGAUUCAAUUACAGGAAACAUCCUGGGGGCAUCAGAAGCCUCCGAAAUUGAAAAGCACGACCCGCGCCGGGACCCGACUGCCGAUGACACGGUUGGGGUUUUGCUACUUAAAAUACUCCAUGCCUCGCGCACACUGGAGGAGUUAAUGGGAGCAAUGUACACUUUUGAGGCAGAGUGGUGGAAUGAUAAAACCCCUCUGGGAGCCUGGCGGGCAGCACGCAAGGUCUUGAUCUCUAUGAGAGCGCCCAUUAAAAAAGACUCCGCCUGGUGCGACUAUCUGAAGGGAAAGUCCAUCCGAGAAGGGCGAGAGCACUUUAUUGCCGACCGAGUAGAGAGGAGAAAAUGCAUUGAAGCGCGCAAGAGAAACAACUGGGCUGCCACGCGCCUGCGCACUGCAUUCUUUAUAACAGACGUUGAUGUCCCGGAAAUUGCGCGAGAGGUUGAGCAGCUGCGGGCGUAUGACUUGGACGAAACCGCAAACUAUUAUAUGUGCUUUAAGCUCAAAAAGCUCUUUGAUGAGGUCCUGGAGAAGAUGCACCGGACCGAGGAGAAGGCGAUUGCCUUCCAAAACAGCAUUGUGCAGAAGACCUGGGAAAGCGCCUUCGAUGAGUUCAUGAACAACUAUAAAGGCAACUACGAGGCGCGCCGGGACUGCGUAUUCAAAGCGGCAAGCUCUGGGGUGACCUUCAUUCAGAAGCUCAGGCAAAAUAUGGACUCUGUGAUGAAUGGCCAUUACAUUUCCAGCAAGGGCGCUAUGGACAUGACUGAGAUGGAAAGCGAAAACCACUUUAAAAACAUCAGGGCCAUAACUAACUUUAUACGCAUGGCCGACUUUGCGGUGGGUUCUGGAAUAUUCUACAUACACGAGAAGUACCAGCACGUGCUUGUUCUUAAAAGAGCCCUCCAGCUGGGCCUGGACGUUCCUCUUUCGAUCGUAAACAGCGCCUAA